ACAGGAGCUUCUAGUCCUCACCUGACCUGCCACGGAGCCUUUCUGUUUGGGAUUCAACAGGCACUUUGUGUGCUUAUGAUUCCAUUACCUCUAGUUUUCUUUCUGGGAUUAGGAUACCAAUUUUCACAGGAUUCCAAAGCAAGAUAAUCAAGUCUGUCUACCCAAAGUCUUUCAGAAAGUGAUUAAGACCUCACAAUAACCUCCAGUUUUAUAUAGGCUCUGAAGACAAUCUUCUUUGUCAAGACAAAUCAGACCUGGUGUAUCAUGGUGUGCUUAAAAUGAGAGAUGACCUUUAGAUGUUGGAACUGAAUGAAGAACAGCUAAACCUGCUGGAAGUCAGAGUCCGUAAUGCAGUGGUUCUGCUGGCACGUGUCAGUGAAGAUGAGCCUGGGAUUUCUGUGUCUCUUUCUGUUUUUCAACACAGUUUCAUGCAUAAGAAGAGAAAACAAGAAAGACAAGCAAGUGGCAGUGCUGGCUACCGCAGAGCUGCCUGCAAAGUCCAUGGAUCUGGCUGCGAUUAACCUGACAGAGCUGGUGAACAACAUGCUGAACACAGCACUCAGAGGUACCAAAAAAUUCUUCUCUUUGCUGAGCGUCACAUCUUACAGCUCAUUUGCCUUCCACAAAGUCUCAGUCACCAUUUACAACAUUUCUAACUUGAAAAAUGUUGACCCUGGCAAGUUCCCUAUGCAUUACUGCUACUGUUUGAACAAUGUGACAAAUGACUUGGCAGAUUUUACAGCUUUACUUGUUGAUAUUAUUGGAAACUCCACGAGUUACCUCACAGAAAUUUUCAAAUCUGCCUCUAUUCUCUCAGUCCGUCAGAGCAAUGAUUCAGAUUGUAUCUACAUCUGCAUGAUGACAGGACAGACAGGUAAAAGGAGAAAUCUGUCUGACUUCUGGGAAGUGCUGGAGAAGUCUCCUGUUAUUAAUUACACGUUUUCCAGUAACGCAUCUUCUGACCAGGACUUAGAUAUGAUUUUUUCAAGUUUCGUGAAAUUACAGGAAGACCCAAACAGAACAGUGGAUCCAUCAGCAGAACAUGUGUGGACGUUUAAAACUACCAAGGUCCCUCUUGCCCUGAAAGGAGAGGAAACGCCCACCAUGAGGUUCCCACCGUGGCCAAAGACAGUUGGAGUGAAAGGAUCAGGGUUUCCAUCACUGCAGGAGGAUGUUUCCAGACCACGAGGCACGGCCGGACCCCCCCUGGCCUCGGGGGAGAGCUCAGCCCCAUGGCCAGCCCUGCGGCCCAGCCCCACCGGUGGGUAUGCAUUUUGGAUGCAGAUGGUGUCUCCUCAAGAAACCAGCAAAGUGAUGCAAACAGAGCCAGAUUUGCCUUCUUCAGUACUGGCUACACCACCCUACAGGCCUGGUGUGACAUUGAAACUUUACUCAGCUACCAGGUGUCCACAGGCAAUCCUCAAAGAGUCCCGUGUGACCUCGCCUCCUGUCACUCUAAUAGUGCAAAAGAUCAAUCCCUGUGUGAUGGAGCUCUGUAGGUUCUUUCAGCUGUGUCUCUGUGUUGGACAGAGAAGAUACUCCAGAAAGGAAGCCAUGAGGUACUGUGUUGAAUACUAUUCCUGGUUCUUGAGAAGUGCAAGUUAUGUCUGUGAAAGAGUCAAAAGAGUUACUUACUCACACACAUUAAAACAAAAAUGCCUUAAAAACAUCUGUACAUCGGUCUAGAGCACUGAGGAAUUUUACUGCAAAUUGGAAGACUGGUGGCAGUUUUAGUUGUCUCUUUCAUUUCUCAGUGUAAAAAUCAGGAUGCAACAUGUUAUUUGCAAAUAUUUGUAAGACAAGCUAUUAACCAGAUGUUAAUUUAGAAAUGUGUCUUCCUCCAAGGCAUUGUAAAAAUAAUGUGUAAAACCAGACUUAUUUUAUACAAGUGAUGUAACUGCAAUAAAAGCAUUCAAAGGCUUUUAAAAACUGUAUUUUAUAAAGGAUAUU